ACGUGUCCAUGGUGAUGUAAGGAAGUGUGCUGUACAUGUGGGUUAGGCAGCCAACUCAUACACAGAGUUUCAGAGUUUUGCAAACUCGAAAUGUGAUUUAUAAAUUUCUGAGAAACAGAUUUCAGUCACAGAUUAAGACCACAGACUAACAGACAGAACAUGACCGUGUUUCGGAGGCUUGCUGCAGGAGUUUCCUCGUUUAGCCAAAGUCUCACUAAACUAAACGGGGUGCUUUCUGCUCGUCAGUGCUCACUACCUGACAACAUGGGUGUACUUCACAGGAAUAAAUGCUUUGUUCGAGGGUUUAGCGCUGUGCCGAAUCAAGACGCUGUCGAAGUGGACAUAAGUCACCUGGAAGGUGAAGACCAGGGCAUUGUGGAGGUUCUGAUGUGUCGGGAACGGGCGCGGAACUCUCUGGGCCGUGUGUUUGUUGCUCAGAUGCGAGAGCUGGUGUCGGGUCUGCACCAGGACACAGCCGUGCGUGUGGUGAUCUUUAGGAGUCUGGUGCCUGGAGUCUUUUGUGCAGGGGCUGAUCUAAAGGAGAGAGCACAGAUGAGCAACUCUGAGGCUGAGCAGUUUGUUCAUGGACUCCGUUCACUAAUGAAUGAGAUAGCGGCGUUGCCCAUGCCAACCAUCGCUGCAGUGGACGGCUUCGCUCUAGGUGGUGGGCUGGAGCUGGCGCUGGCGUGUGACCUCCGGACAGCAGCAUACACUGCUCAGAUGGGCCUGAUUGAGACCACGCGGGGACUUCUUCCAGGGGCAGGGGGCAGUCAGCGUUUGCCACGGGCAGUGGGAUUUGCUGUGGCGAAGGAGCUGAUCUUUACUGGGCGGCGUGUGGGCGGGGAACAGGCUCUACACCUUGGAUUAGUGAACCGUGCCGUCCCACAAAACCAGAGCGGAGAUGCAGCUCAUAGAGAGGCUCUGAACCUGGCCCAGGAAAUCCUCCUUCAGGCUCCGUUCGCAGUGCGGAUGGCCAAGGAAGCCAUGAGCCGAGGAAUAGAGGUGGACGUCGCUUCAGGAAUGGCCAUCGAGGGGAUGUGCUAUGCCCGGGUUAUUCCAACACAAGACAGGAAAGAGGGAAUGGCAGCUUUUAUAGAGAAAAGGCAGCCCAGAUACACUGGAGAAUAAACAGACACUGAUCACACAGGCACUUUAAAGAGCUGUUUUGUGAUUCCAGUUUUACUGGAUCAUUAGACUACUUUCUAGUAUCAAAACAUACAGUAUCGUACAUAUUGGUUACAUACAGUUUAGUUAAGUAAGGAAUAAAACACUUGGGGGUGUACUGUGCUAGGAAAAUGAUCAACAACACGGUGAUGUGAUGGCGUUACCAGUACUAUGCUAUUUUCCAGUAAACCUUUGAUUUGCCUUGUAACUACUGUCAGAGCUGUGCUAGGACAGUAUAGAAAAUUAAUCAACACCUUCUGAUGCAUUUUUAGCAAUCUGUAUUCAUACUGUUUAGGUGAACAUGGUAUUUCUGAUAAUAAACAUUUAAUAAACAUAUCAAUAAACAUUAAACAUAUCCUAUGUUGUUUUAAUGUUUUGUUUGAAUUAUGCAGACAUUUUCAGUUUGUAUUACAAGAUAAUCAUUAAAUCAGAUCAAGUUUUAUCCAACUAAAUCUGCUUAGAUGAAGGCAAAUAAAUUUGGGAAAUGUAUUUUCUGAGUUCAUUGUGCAUCUUUUUUUUUUUUUUUAUCAAACCAGAGGAACAGCACUGCAUCAGAUAAAUACCAAAUUGAUCUAAUAUCUCUUAUGGGAUUAUUAUAAACCAAACAUAAGAUUAUUCAGAUUAUUCUGUUUUUAGAUGCCUUUACACAUUUCAAGCUUUAAAUUUACUCAUUCUGUUGGCAUAUCAUUUAGCUUCUUUUUAGUGUUUAAAGAAGGGGGGAAAUGCUCUGACAACAGAACAAGACUACAGGUGCAUUUAAAAAAUUUGAAUAUCGUGGAAAAGUGGAACUUCCAUAUAUCCUAGAUUCAUUACACAUAAAGUGAAAUAUUUCAAGCCUUUUUUUUUUGUUUUAAUCUUGAUGCUUACGGCUUAUAGCUCAUGGAAAUUGCUUUAAUAGUCUUAUAAAUGGCUUAUUGAAAUCUUAUAUAAUAAAAUGUGUAUAUGAUAUUUUCACUUCCUUGGAUGUCAUUUUUUGCAGUGCUGAUAAAUGUUAUUAAAGAAAAAUACACUCCUAUGGUUGAAACAGUUGGUUUAUCUUAAAUAUCUUAAGUAGUUUUUCCUGCCAUUCAAUAAGACCACCAAACUAAGAGUGUAAAGU